GGAGGUUUAAUGCUUGGGUACAUUCGGUUUUAAACUUUUGAAGGUUUGCAAGAAAUGUCGACGCUGUUUCGUCCUAUAAUUAAUAAUAAUUGAUAAUUAUGCUGGCCGUUUAGAUAGCUAGAUUCAUUGUGCAACUGUUGUAAAUCGUGUAAGUUUAUAUAGUUAAUUAAGUUAAGUUAAGGAAAAACUGAGAAGAUAUUGAUAAUAUAUAAAUAUAUAUAAUAUAAAAUAAAAUAAAACAAACGUAAAUAAAACCUUUCCACUCGGAAAGUUAAUUAAAUUAAUAAUUUUAUUCCCUCACGUCCUGAAAGACAGCCUUAGCAGCAGUUGAAUAUGCCGCGGAGUUCUGAUGUGGUCUGCAUCAUCGUGACGAUGCCCAAUUCUUACGAUUUUGUCGUUGAGGCUCCCAGAAGCGCCAGCGGUUACUUCGUCUUUGAUAAGGUCUGUGACAAGCUGAAGCUGCUGCAGAAAGAUUUCUUUGGCCUUCAAAUGAUUGAUGAGGAGAAUAACAAAAGAUGGUUGAAUUUGAGGAAUUUAAUAGUAAGUGAGGUUGGUAGCUCCCAGUUCUUCCGAUUUCUGUUUGGUAUAAAGUUUUUUGUUCAGACUCACUACCUUCUGCAAGAAAGAACGAGAGAAAUAUUUUUCCAACUUGCCAAAAACCAAAUCAUCGAAACAGAGGGACCCCCGAUGUUAAGCGAAAGCCUUUUAAACACGUCACUAACAAUUUUAGCUCAAUAUUACAACAGCAGCAACAGUAAACAUUCCAAUUUAGAAGACGAUGACACGACCUACGAAACAGUGCUACAGAAGUUAUCCUCAUCGUCAAAGGCAACAGACAACAGCAGCAGCAAAUUACUAUUUAAUGAUUUACUAAGGGAAGCAAGUAGAAACGAGAUAAGGACGUUAUUUCUCAGGAACAUGUCACAUUACAUGAAUGCCAUUGGUCACAAGUACACCGCUGAGUUGGAUAGGGAGGUUGUGGUGAUCGGGGUGCUACCUGGUGGCAUAUCAUUUCUAUCAAACUGUCUUGAACCUCUUAGGAGCUACCCCUGGUGCAGUUUACAGCAGGCCACACAAAACGCCCUUGAGGUCACUGUCAAGGUCAUAUCAGAUGACCUCUCGAUCAAACCUCUCAAGUUCAUGCUUCAUAAUAAGUCCUCAGCCAACGCAUUCUACAGAGACCUGACAGAGGUGUACACAUUUUUUCAUUGUGACUCAGUGGCAGAGCCAGUUAUGCAGCAGUUUUGUAGAGACUUCAAAGGCACAUUUGCUGCUCUUUUCGUUGAAAAUUCUGAUUAUGGCAAAGAAUACAUAUUUGAUAUAGAGCAUACGCUGAAAGAGUCAGAUGAUAGGAUUAGAAGACACAUAUACAAAGAAGAGAAGAACAAACUAAGUGAAAAUAAUAAUAAUAACAAUAAUAACAACAAUAAUAAUAACAGUAAUAUUGAUUCGUGUAGUCGGAGUAGCAACUGCAUAACAUCUGUUGAAUAUAAACUGCCAAGUGAUUUUGAUAAAGAGAAUGCUAAUACCAUUGAUGGUAAUUGUGCUGGUGUUUCUUGCAGAGCUGAUUGUCCGUCUGCCGAUAAACUGAAGAGUGUACGAGACAGCUUCCUAUGUUGCAUAUGCGCUGAUCGGGAAAUAGGCACAGCUCUUGACCCUUGUGGUCACGCGUUCACUUGCUACAAAUGUUCCGACAGAAUCGACAGCUGUCCGAUCUGUAAGAGGGAUGUGCUGAAAGUUAUCCGCCUGUAUCUGCCGCAUUCGUUCUAUAAUCGAGCAGACGAUCAAAUUUUACCGUAUGUCUCAUAGCGCGUUGUUUCAGUUCUUUGUUUUAGUUUUUUGUUUAUCUUAAAAAUCUCCGUCUUGCUGGUUUUAAGUAUUUUUUUUAUUUGCGGUUGUUUUUUUUUCUAUAGUUCGUUCAUAAUUUUGUUUCUUCUGUAUGUGUUUCAUUGUGCGUAUGAAUUGAUGUCUUUGUUGACAGUUUCAACCCGAGUUUGUGUUUUUAUACCGGUAUACGUGUGUAUGCGUGCGUGUGUGUAAGUAAGUGUAUGUACGCGUGUGUGUGUGUACGUGUGUGUGUGUGUGUGUAAGUGUAUGUGCGUGUGGUGACAAGGCUAUUGAAAAAAAACCAGUGUUUCAUUUACAGACUGUUGCAUACGAUCAAUAAGAAAUAAAAUUUUUUUAUAUAUUAUAUUGGCACCAACAUUAUUGCUUUACUACGUCUUAUUAUUAUUAUUGUUAUUAUUAUUAUUGCUAUUGUUAUUAUUAUUAUUACUACCCCUAUUAUUUUUGUUGUUUUCAUGAAUAACCAAUGAACAUUUUACAAAUUUAUUUUACGCUUUCAUUACUUUAUUAUUAUUAUUCUCAAAAUUUUCAUUUAUAAUUAAUCAAAAAUUUUCAUUAAACAGUUGCUUUUGUUCAACAUUUAUAUAUAUAUAUAUAUAUAUAUAUAUUA